UGACAUGGUUUUACUUUGCAACUAAGCACAACCUAGAUGAUGCCCAUCUGACUAACAGUUCCCACUUGUUGGGCCAAGUAUUGAACACUUAGCCGUUCAUAAACCCAACCCCUAUCUCUUAUUCGUCUCUAUCUGUGCUUACCCCUACCUUAGCUUCAAUGGCCUCUGUUUCAGCCACUACUCUUAGUUUUGAACCCUGUUUCAAGUUGUCUAGAAGGACUAGCCAGGCUUUUUGCAGAACUUCAAGUUUGGGAGCAGUUUCUGUGGGAUGGAUUAGGGAGAGUUUUCCUUCUUUGAGAUCUUCCCGUUUCCGCAUUUAUGCAGCACCUGAGACAGUGCAGAAAGUCUGUGAGAUUGUGAGGAAACAACUUGCUCUGCCUCCUGAUUCUGAGCUUACCCCAGAAACCAAGUUUUCAGCACUUGGUGCUGAUUCGCUUGACACGGUGGAAAUAGUGAUGACUUUAGAGGAAGAGUUUGGCAUUGGCGUUGAGGAGGAGAGUUCUGAAAACAUCACAACCGUUCAAGAAGCAGCUGAUUUAAUAGAUAAACUGAUUCAAAAGAAAGGUGGAGCUGAUUAGAAGGUGAACAUAGUGGAAGCUCAAGGGAAAAUGCAUCAAGUGAGAGCACAACUGUAACUGAAUGAGGUUAAUCAUUGAGCCAAUUUACUUGGCCUUUUUUGUGUGCUUUAUACAUAUUCUUUAGGAAGCAUAUUGAUUCUUUUUUUCCUCAUCGUGACUUUACCUUGCUAAAACGCUUUUUGUUUUUGUUUUUGGUCUCAACAUAAGCAUCUCAUUUGCUUUUGGAUGGAAAAAUCUUAGGUAAUGUUUGCACUACUAUUGCUCUUCAUACGUGCUUUCCACUUAUUAUCAUAAUCAAGUGCUUAAAUUCUUCCUGAU